GGAGCUCUGAGAUUCAACAGCGUCACACAAGCCGGUGUCCGUUCCAACACUCGGAGUGAAACUUGUCUGCGCUUCGGGAAAAGAAGCGAGAUUUUGGGGGCUCGUCGCUUUAGACGCCUGUUGUUUUUUCCUUCUCCCACAACAGACAUGAGACGAAAGGAAAAGAGGCUGCUGCAGUUCGCCGGGCUGCUCAUAGCGGCUCUCUUAUUCCUCCCUAACGUCGGUCUAUGGUCGCUGUACAGGGACCGAGUGUUCGACAACUCGCCCGACACGGUGGACGGUCCGGGCGGCAUUCCUGCGAUUCAGGGGGUGAACAGAGUGGGGAAGGACGCCAGAGUGGGACGCGAUGGUGUACGACGGAAAGACUGGCAUGACUAUGAGACGAUCAGAAGAGAUGCCGCUCGAUCUGGAAACGGUGAGCAGGGGAAGCCGUUCCCGCUGACGGAUGCUGACAGGGUGGACCAGGCCUACAGGGAGAACGGCUUCAACAUCUACGUCAGCGACAGGAUCUCCCUGAAUCGCUCUGUCCCUGACAUACGGCAUCCCAACUGCAAGAAGAAGUUGUACUCAGAGAAGCUGCCCAACACCAGCAUCAUCAUCCCGUUUCAUAACGAGGGCUGGUCAUCCCUGCUGAGGACCAUUCACAGCGUGCUCAACCGCUCUCCUCCAGAGCUGAUUGCAGAAAUCAUCCUGGUUGAUGACUUCAGCGACAAAGAGCACCUCAAAGCGGCGCUAGAGGAGUACAUGGUGCGCCUGCCGAAGGUUCGCAUCCUGAGGACGAAGAAGAGAGAGGGUCUGAUCAGAACUCGGCUGCUGGGAGCCGCCGCCGCCACAGGGGAGGUCAUCACCUUCCUGGACUCUCACUGUGAGGCCAACGUCAACUGGCUGCCGCCUCUGCUGGACCGAAUCGCCCAGAACAGAAAGACCAUCGUUUGCCCGAUGAUAGACGUCAUCGACCACGACAACUUCGGCUACGAAACGCAGGCAGGCGACGCCAUGCGAGGGGCGUUCGACUGGGAAAUGUACUACAAACGGAUCCCCAUCCCUCCACAGCUGCAGAAGCACGACCAAAGUGAGCCAUUCGAAUCUCCAGUGAUGGCAGGUGGACUGUUUGCUGUGGACAGGAAGUGGUUCUGGGAGCUGGGAGGAUACGACACCGGGCUGGAGAUCUGGGGAGGAGAACAGUAUGAGAUUUCCUUCAAGGUGUGGAUGUGUGGCGGUCGGAUGGAGGACAUCCCCUGCUCCCGUGUUGGACAUAUCUACAGGAAAUAUGUCCCAUAUAAGGUUCCAGGAGGCGUUAGCUUGGCCAGGAACCUGAAGCGUGUAGCAGAGGUGUGGAUGGACGAGUACGCCGAGUACAUCUACCAGCGCCGGCCCGAGUACCGCCACCUGUCAGCCGGAGACGUCACGACACAAAAGGAGCUGCGCAACAAACUCAACUGCAAGAACUUCAAGUGGUUCAUGAAUGAGGUGGCCUGGGAUCUGCCCAAACACUACCCGCCGGUGGAGCCCCCUGCUGCCGCGUGGGGAGAGGUCCGUAACGUGGCCAGUGGCCUGUGCAUGGAGAGCAAACAUUUUGUGUCCGGAAGUCCAAUACGACUGGAGAACUGUGUGAAGGGCCGAGUUGAUGUUAGCUGGAGUCACGGACAGGUGUUCACGUUUGGCUGGAGGGAAGACAUCCGGGUGGGUGACCCCAUGCACACCAAAAAGGUCUGCUUCGAUGCCAUUUCCCACCACAGUCCUGUCACGCUGUACGACUGCCACGGCAUGAGGGGGAACCAGCUCUGGCGCUAUAGGAAGGACAAAAGCCUCUAUCACCCCAUCAGCAACAGCUGUGUGGACAGCAACGCCAACGAGCGGCGGGUCUUUAUGAACAUAUGUGACCCCUCGUCCCCCAGCCAACAGUGGCUGUUUGAGAGAACCAACAGCACAGUUUUGGAGAACUUCAACCGUGGGAUGAACUGAGUCUGUGGAACUCAGAGACUUUGGACUUGUGCAGCCGAGGAGUCGGCCGCAGACGUUGCUGCUAUGCUGUGAACAGGAGUGUUCCCUGUUGUCCUGGAGCUUGGGGGUGGAAGGGUGUUAUUUUUUUCUUGCAAAGGUGUCAGAAGUAAAUCAAGAUGGGAUAUCGUAAAGAAAAGUUAAAGGAGAGACUGAAAUUUAUUCUGAUUAACGGUGUAAAAGUGACUUAAGGGUGUUGUGCUUUGGCAGCGGGUCUGUCUUACUUCCUGGUUUUGCUUUUGAGAUAUUACCUGAAAUUCCUGGUCAUUCUCUCUCCCUUUUAUCCCUUAUUUCUUGUUUCGCCCUCCCUCCUAGUCCUCACGAUGUGCCUCUGCCCUUCCGUCCGUCUCAAUCUCCCUGCUUGACUGCACCUUUGCCCACCUUUUCCAUUCUCUCCCUUUUUAAAUCCCCUUAUGUAUCUCCAGCUCUGACAACCUCCCUGGGGGAGCUUGUGGGAGGGGAGGGAGACGGCUUCGCGCUGAGCCAAAGUCAUCCUGACACCCAGUGAAGCCAGGCAGAACCACUCCGAGAAUCAGCCAGCAAAUGGGUUCUCCUCUACGUCUGCAGGCAGAGACGCCAUGAGCGGAGCUGACAGAGAGACCGAGGGGACGAGACUGCCACCUUCUGCACACGCUCAGCUCGUUUCCCCCCUUUAUUCUCUGCCCUCCCAACGCUUACCCAUGAGUCACUCUCAGAUUUGUCUCUGUGCCGCGUUGGCCUUCUAUUUUCUUCAAACACGACUGCCGUCUGAUGUUGGGAUCUGUCCUGCUUGGUACAGAAGAACGUUGCACAUUUGUUUUUGUUUUUUUCUGCCCCUCGCCGAGUUCAAACCCAACGUUGAAACUUGGGCUGUAUUCCCCGUGCUCCGUCGUCUCCCCCUCAUGUAAACGUUUCUAAGCUGUCCUCUGCUGCUUCCCAGUUCAGUCACUGGAACGACCUCGUCACAGACGGCCGAGCGGCGGGUCUUGUUCUCUGGCUGUGUGAUGGGCAGGCUCGCUGAUUCAUGGCAGGCCGGGGCCCGAUUGGCCGCCAGCCAAGCUGAUUCAUCACUUUGGCUGAAUUACUCCGGAUGGCCUCACCGAGCUAGUGCUGGGAUUCAGACAAACUUGAAUGGAAAUCUUAGUGCCUUUCGUUGGAAUCCAGAAGGUUUUGUGUGUUCAUAACGACAGAGAGCAUUUCAGACAGUCACAGUGGAGCUUUGCUGACUUUUAAAUGAAGCUAAAAUGACCUGCGGUGUAGUGAAGGCAGCGCUGUUUAUUCUUGACUCCUGUGAAGCUUUCGAAGUUAGCGCACUCCGAAAGCACAAACCUAGAGAGACUGUUUUUCCUACCAUAGUUUCUCCUGCCUUCAAAGGUUAACUGCAGCCUUUCUUAGACCUUAAUCAUGGCAAGUUGCUGUGGUUCUGGUCCUUUAUUCUCUCCUCUGUUCAAUCCAAAGUACUUUAAUGGUAAAGAGAAAGACCUGGUGGUGGUUAUUAACCCUUCUAAUUUUAGAUGGUUUUGUCUGUUAAUUUAUUUUUCUUUAUUUUCUGAGGUUCACCUUGAUUCUUUUCUUUAUUCUUGAUAAAGUUUGGGUUUUUCUGGGAUGCUCCACUCUUCCUUACUCAGUUUGCCAAGAUCCAGUAAAUCAGAUGAAAAACAAUUCAUGAUUUUGCUUCAUUACAGUUUUUUUUCUUCUUUACAUGAAGUGCUUUAUUGUCUGUGAGUACAAAACUAGACAUGCAUCAAUUAGCUGAACAGAAUCAGGUUUUUUUUUUUGUUUUUCGUUUUGUUUUGCUGGAUCUGUUCUGAUCAGUGAGGCUGAAAAAUACAUUUUCAUUCUUGAUUUUCCUUAAAAGUGAAUUACAAAUAAAAACACACAAUUUUUAGUGUGUGAACACAUCAACCAAUCUGAACAAAAAAAGGCUUUUAUGGAUUUAUACAAGAAAAAAGUGCUUUAUGCAGGAAAAUCCAUCUGCACCAUUUCAUACUUUUAUUCAAUCAGCUGUGAAGCAAGCACUCAAGAAAAGCCUUUUAAUUCCUCUAAAAGACUCCUCGUGCUUCGCCAGCAGUUUAUGCAGCAGCCGUUCAAAAGAAGCCGUUUCAUCGCAGUGGGCAGUCAGUCUCUGCUUCUAGGCUGAAGGAAGUGACUCACUUUCAUAUCAUUUACAAUUUGUCAUCUACUGUGUAUCCAGUUCACUGAUAUCAUUUAGCAACAAUAAACUUUAACUAUUUAAAACUGAAACCCAACAAACGUAACCAUGCUAGCAUGGAAGUCUUUGUUCACUGUUGGCUGUUGUAGCUUAUUGCUAGCAAUUUUUUAAAUAGCAACACUCAAAUAAUUAGAAUUAGAGCCUCUGCAAGCUACUAUAUGCUCAGCACUUCUUCUUUAAUACAACUGAAUUUUAAACAAAGCAAAAAAAAAAAAAGAUGGAAAUUUAUUCUGUUAAAUUAGCAUCUAUAGAACCACAAUGACAACUGAAACGGCGCCCAUAUAAAUCAUUCAUCUGAACUACAAAAUACACAGCGUUCCAAAUUAUUAUGCAAGUGAUGUUUUCUCAGAUUUUCUUAAAUGGUCAAUGCAAAUGAUGGUCAGGAUAAUUUUCAAGUCAUGAACUAUUACAGUACAAAUCAAAUUUUACUGAACGAAGCUCCCAAAGAGAACAAGAUUUUUUUCAAAAAUAAAAAAACUCAAAAUGCACUGUUCCAAAUUAUUAUGCAGAGCAGAUUUUCUAAACAUUUUAUGGAUUAUAAAGAACUGCAAACAGUCAUUCUUUGAAUGUGUAGCAUUAAGUUGUCACAUGUACUAAAAUCAAAAGCUAUUUCAAUCAAAAACAUCUUAACAGAUGUUAAGAGUUCCAUGUUAACAUAGAACCUUCUUUGAUAUCACAGCACAAUUCUUGAUCCAUUGAACUUGUGGAAAGUUUCUGCUGGAAUUUCUUUGCAGGAUGUCAGAAAAUCUUCCCAGAGCUGCUGGUUUGAUAUGAACUGCAUUAGACCCAGAGAUCUUUUGGUUGAGGAAACUCCAAAGGUUCUCAAUAGGAUUGAGGUCAGAGGUCAGAGGAGGAUGGUGACCACACCAUGAGUUUCUCCCCUUUUAUUCCCACUGCAGCCAAUGACACAGUGGUAUUCCAGUGGUAUAGCAUGAUAAUUUGGAACACAGUGUAAAACAUAUACUUUACACCUUGAUGCAUUAGUAUUCAUGAAGUUAAAAAGUAGUUAAAAUACAAAGUAGCAUUAGCUCACCCAUUGUCUGACAUGUUAGUACUAACUUAGUGUCUUAAUUAUAACAAUAUUAAUAUCUUUUGAAGAUUCCACAGUAGGCAAAAAUGUAAGUUUUAGAGAUGAUCUUUUUUUUGUCAUCCCUCACACAAUUUGCCACAAUUGAUGAAUAUGGAAGAGUUUUAAUGCCAUAGGGGGAAAAAAAUGAAUUCUAACUUUAAUGUUGGAAUCCUUAGAAGUUAGUUAUGAGAAAAAGUUUGAAAGGCUUAAAAUUAACAUCAGUUCUUUUUUUUUUCUUUCAGUGGUUCUAAACUUCUUCUGUAAAGGAACCAUCAGUUUUAGCAGAAUGUUCUCUCAUUGAAUAUUUUGAUUUGUGGACUAAACAGGUUGACAAUGCAGACAUUCCCACAAAAAACAAAAAAAAACAAAAAUGUUGAAAUCAGAUGUACAUUUAAAUAAUAAAAACUAGUUUUGCUAAAUACCAGAAAACAUGGUGAAAACAUUUAAAAAAAAGAUUUCUGUGACCUUCCUCAAAUUCAAAAGUUUACAAAUGUUUGGUCAACAUCAGACCACUGUCUUUUAAAAUAUAUGACUUGUGUCAAUUUCUUACAAAAAAAAAAUAAUUUCUAAAAAAAAUGUUGUCACCAAAUUGUGUAGAAUUUAUGAAAUAGAAAUAAUUUUGGCAGUUCUUUCUAAGCUAACACAAUAAAAGUUUGGUCAUGUUUAACUUCAGAGAAAACUGAGUAUUCUUAGUUUCUAGUUUCAAAUGUUUCAGGAACUUUAUGUUUUACUUAAUUUAUCUGGAGAGUUGAACUCACUGGUGGAAAUGCUGAGUCUGUUCAGAAGUUGCCCCUGACCUUCCAUGUCUGGACAUAUCCGUGCAUCAUCAGAUGUUUAGGGUGAUUCACUGAGUCACUGCAGAAGCUCGGUUACUGACUCGUAACCCACUAGGACCCAAACUCCUGCAGGCGUCUGACCUUUUCUCAGCCUGAUGCCACAUGACUGUCCUGUUCUCUAACUCAUGUUCCCUUGGACAGAUCAGGACAGAGGUGAAUGGUUGGUAGAGGGGUGGAUACUCGAGGCAAAAUAUUUUACUUUGAAAAGGAAAAAGUGUAAGUACUCAACUAGACUAUCAUUGAUUUACUGAAAAGGAAUCUGGAUAGUGAUAAUCACUGGCAGCUGUUGGUUUGGUGUCCAACGAAAUGAAAUCAGAAAAAUUGGUGCAAAUAGUUCAGCUGUCAGACAUACUGAGCAAAGGAGCCUGGAUUUUUAUCUUUUUUGUUUUUUACUAUUUCAAAUAAUCAAACAGUGAGUUUAGUAUAAAAAUCUCAGACUCUCUGAGAAGUUUUCAGGGCUGAAAAGCAGAGACAGACUCUUGUGUUCAUGGUUUGAGUUUCAUUACAGCAGCUGAUAUGGGGCCGACUUUAGGAAAUAACACUCUAUUGUCAAUGAUUUACCUUGAAGAAAAUACUGGAAACAUUUUUUUUUUUUCAAUAGUUAAUGUUUACAUUUGAAUCACCUCAGCACUUUUCUGGUAAUACAGACUUUCCACCAUUGGUCAGGUUUUCUGCAUGUCAUAAAUUAGUUUUCUGCUCGUAUUUGCAUCCUAUAAAUUCUCCCGUUCCAUAUUUCUGCAGAGUAGUAAUCAGUUAAUUUUUUUAUUACUUUUUUUCUGGCAGGGUCUUUGGAACACUAACACGUGUAAAUCUCUUUUCAUUUCCCCCCCUGCUCAUCACUCCCUCUGUCCCAUAUUAUGAUUUUAAUUUUCUCCAGUUCUUGACUCGCCCUGUGGUUCUUUCACGUAUAUUAGCUUCAUCUAGUGUGCAACAUCUCCUUUUGCAAAGCUGUACACAUUAUUUUUAACGUUUGUUUUAUUUUGUUAGGUCUGUUAUGUCCCCUUUUUAACUUUUCCAUACCUUCAAACAAUAUGCAACUGUUUCAAAGAUAUUUGAUCCUUUUUUCACUUUCAGUUGCCUCAUUUCUGUAGUCACUUGACUGCAGUUUUGCCUUUUAGUUCCAUGACGGGUUUAUGCAGCGUUGUAACCUGUUUUGUCCAUCAACAAACUUUUGUUUUGUGUUUGUGAACUUUUCCAAUCAGACUUAAGGCACGAAACAAUAAAGGAGUUUGUUUUUUUUUUUUUUUCUCAUCUUACUCAAAUCCUUGAUUUGAUCUGGCAACGUGACUCAUUACCCAGGGUGUCUAUUUGUAAAGAAUGGCACAAGUAUUUAAAAAAAAUUAAACAAUCAGUUAUCCUAGAUAAGGUUUUUAUUGCAACUUGUAUAACCAGUUGAAUCGGCCUGGUCAUCCUCCAAACAUUGUAUGAAAAUGUGGCUGUAUACUUGAAGAGGCUGCUGGUGAUGAAGUUUGUAUUUAAAUUGCAUAUUUCUAUUUAUUCUGUUUGCAAAAGGAAUGUGAUGUGAAUUAAAUCAUCUUAGGUUCAAAAUGUAAUCUGCAUUGUCAAACCUGUUAGAUGUGUUAUGUUUCUUUAUACAAUCCUCAUUUUAUGUGUGAAAUGGAAAAUAGCAUUUUCAUGCUUUUUCUUGUAAUUGAGUCGUCCAUGAAAACAACAGGUAAAUUACAAAGCAGAUCCUAGGUUAUGUAAAAUCUCAGUUUUCGUUUGGGAAAUCUGAAAUGUAUUUGUCAAAAGAAAAAGAAUGAGUAUCUGUAAGGAGGAGGACUCACCCAGAGCGCCAUUAGUUCAAGAACCAGAGCUGAGAGAGAUGAUUUAACUUUGAGUCAUUUGACAUUCGAGUGAUAUUCCUUGAGGGUUUAUUCCCUUUUCUUUCAUAUCUUAAAAACAUAUAAUCAAGUGGUUUGCUCUUGCUGUUAGAACUUCACACCCAGUCUUAAGCUGCAGGCUGACAAACUUAAAAAACUGCAGUGUGAGCAGAACAGCUUGACUGAAAACUCAGACAGUGAAGGAUUUAUAAGCUUAGGAGCUUGAUGCUUAGUCUCAGGUUUUGGUGCAGACACCACAGGAACUAAUUUAAGGAUAAAAGUUGGACAAAUUUGUUGACUUCCUCCUCCUAAACACGCCCCAAUCCCCUUUAUCCCUGCAGCUUUAAGCAAAGGCUCGCUGAGUAAUGCUCUAUUGGCCAAGCUCUGAUUAACCACCAGAUCUCAUGCAAGCCUCAUGCUAACAGCUCCUGUUUGUGUUUCAGCGAUUUGAGUUCUUUGAAACCAGGUUCAGAGGAUUCCUGAGGUUCAGUCUGAGACCAAAGCUGCAGUUUCCAUGAACAUCAGUUCCUGUAACUGAAACUGCUGCAUCCUUUUAUGUUGACAGGAGGUUUGAUGUGCAUUUUAAACAUGAAACAGAUUCUUUCUGACCUUCACGUGUCUAUUGACUUCCACUUUAUUUUUUAUUUCGCAUGUAUUUAGGUAAAACACUUCAAACUAACAUAAUGCAACUGCAGAAAUUCACCAUGACUCAGAAUGACAGGAUAAAAGCAGUUUAACUACACCAAAUAUUUCCUGGCACUUACUCAGUAAUUUCCAAACAUUAGAGGGUAAACUCUGUUGUGAAUGUGCCAAUCACCUGUACUGUAACAUCAAAUUAUUAUUAUCAUUAUCAAUCUUUAUUUUUUUCCUUCCUGGAUGUCGACUUUAAAGGAAAUUGGUGGAACAGCUUGUUUUCUAGGAGUUUUUAAAGUGUCAGCCUGUAACAGCAUGUCACCUACAUGUGGGAAUUAUGUUGUGUACAUUUUGUACCUAGAAAAAAAAAUCCCAUAUUUUUUCUACUGAGAUUAAAAACUGUAAAACUGUAUUUAGAUAUUUCACAAACUGUGCAGAGCAACUGGAGAUGUAGGAUAUUUUGCUGAAACUGUAAAAUAAAAAGGUUUAUAUAUUUGGA